CUGAUUGGACGAUGAGUGGUGUUCAGAACUAAUUUAUUGACGUAAAGUUAGCUGCAGGAUCGCAAAAAUACACAGUGACUGAGGCUCUGAAUCGUAGCACAGAUUCAAGGCAAUGACCUCCACCGGCCAGCCGGAGACAACAGUUGGAGACAUGCCGCAGGUGAGAGUUUUAGCAUGCCCCGAGGUUCCUUCUCUCUUUCUGCCUCACUAUACUGACACAGAGUCAGCCUUCGUCCCUCCCCACUGCUCCUACCACAGCCUGGGACACUGUCUGCGCACCAACAUCUUUCCAGGAGCUCCUCUGGUGUGGAAGUCCCUGGUAAAAGACUCAUACAUCGUUCACCCCUUGCCUGCCCCUCCUACAGACCCCCAGUGUUGGUACGGCCGCAGGACUGAUGACAUGGUUAGACAGUGGCGGUAAUGAUGUGGUCCAUGCUUCACCUGCUGUUCCUGCUCUCUGUCCCACCAGGCUUCGCUCACAACCUCCAAGGACUGUUUUGUGUGAAUGACUACAUCAACAACAUCACAUGUGUAUGGAAUAGCUCGGCAGUAGAUCCAGACGUGGCCUGCCAGCUCCUCGGUACAAAAGAGAACUUUAACAAUCUUUUCAAUAGUAGUUGCGAUCUCAAACCCUUGGAUAGGCCGGUGCAAGGUCAUUCUCUCAGAGGCUGCAGUAUUGUCUUUGAGGGCCAUUAUUUCAGUUCAGCCGAGCACCUCCCCAGCAUUAAGGUGGAGUGUGGCGGGUCUGAGGCGGCAAAGCUCAUAAGAUACAAACCGAUCCACCACAUUAAGAUGCAUCCUCCUGGUAGUCCGGUCAUCAUCAAUGGGACGAAUGCCACCUGGAGUGCUGGUAGUCCGCUAUCUAUGAAGAUCCAGGAAUAUGAGUUCCAGGUCAAGGUGAAGAGGGAAGACCAGCUAUGGGGGGAGGCCCAGAGUUUGACCAGACUAAAGCAUGAACCGUGGAUAGAGCUGGAUGUGGAGGAGAGUGGGAUUCAUCACAUCAGGUUGAGAGUCAAGCCGACCCAAACCCCCUCUAGCCACUGGAGUGAGUGGAGCACCACUGCCUCCUGGACAUCAGAGGACGAGGUCUCGCCAACCUUUGUGGAGUCCCCGGACCUAACUUUGUGGCUGGUGUUGAGUGGUGCGUUUUUCACGCUCAUCGUUGUAAUAUUGCUGGUCUUCUACAAAAUUCAUACAAACAAUAGGAAACACCAGUAUGUGCCUGAUCCCGCCAAGUACUUCCAGCCACUUAACUCUGUCCACGGUGGAAACUUUCAGAAAUGGCUGAGCCCCUUGUUUGCUCCAGAGUCCUUCAUCACUGCCCAGCCCUGCGAGGACAUCUCCCCUGCGGAGGUUUCUGGAACAGAAGUCUGGGACGUCACCGAUUCCACCACUGCGGCCUUUCUCCUACACUCUGACCCCAACACUCCCUCUGAUGGCUGGAACAGCAGCGGCCAGUCCUCCUGCUUCUCCAACAUCGGCUACUUCUACACCAAAUACCCCAGCAGCCUCUUCAUCGAGUCUUGCCCCGUCUACUUCACCUACCAGGGGGACCACAGCUCUCUCUCCGCCACAUCCUCCUCCUAUGAGCGCCUGGAGCGUCUCGGUCGGCUGCAGAGCCAGCCCCUGAGCCCAGACUCUGGUUUCGGCAUGGAGAGUGUAGAGGGGGAGGACCAGGUGGAAGAGGAAGGAAAGAAGGAUAAGGAGAGGAAUGUGGUUCCAGUUGCCCCUCUUGUCUUACCAGUCUCCCUGCCUGCUCGGAUCCCCCCGGGCCCUCACCAUCCCCUGAGUCUCCCCCAAAUCCCCCUUCAUAAUCCUGAGUCAAACUCUGCCAUGGUGUCUAGCGGCAGUUACAAUGCCUGGCCAGUAGAGGCUGCUCUAGGCAGAUCCUCCUCAAUGACAGUGGAACCCAGUUGUAUUGGCUAUUUGACCAUUAAAGAGCUGCAGAAUACCUACAGCAACAAGUCUAUUUGAACAAUCCAUUUUUCACUCAAUUUGCAUUUUAGUUUAGCUGUUGAACUGAUUCUUUGUGCAAACUAUGACAAGGCUGAUAAUGCAGGUACAAACCAAUAAUUUUCUACAUGGAAAGUAUUUUGGAGUUCUAAAUAUGUAGCUUAUUUGUAUUUUAUAUACAUUUUGUAUAUUACUUGUACUACUAUUGAGGCAGCUGGUUUGCCAAUGCAUUGUUACUUUAUCUCAGAUAGUUAGUGCUGCUAGUUGUUUUUGUCUUUAAAUGUGUUCACUGACAGCUUGUUUGUAUGAAGACCUGAAUAAAACCUCUGACAGAAGA